UUGUGAUGCCUUAAAACUACUUGAUGUGAUAAUUGCACGGGAUAGUGAGCCUUGGUGUCAUGUCAAAUACCUUAAGGUGUCAUGUAGGGGGCCAAGGUUGUUCAUUCAUAUCAUUAGCACUUGUUCAACUUGCAUGCUUUGUUGAUAUGUCUCGGUUGCAAAUUCCAUGUCUGAAUUCAGCAUAACUAAAGAGGCCCUCCUUCAAAUCUGUUUGUUUUUCUUGAAUGCUUCACAAAUAAGAACAUGUUAACAUUUGAAACGUUGUAAUAUGUAUUCUUCAAUGUUUUAGGGUUUCAGAUCCUUUGUCUGGACAGCUGUCUUAUAUCAAAUGAAGGACAUCAUGAAGCUGUCACCCUCAACAUCACAGUUUUUGGUCUCUGCUGCAUUUUUCCCUUGGAGCAUAAAACCUAUAUAUGGGAUUGUGUCGGACUGUAUGUAUUCCAAUUAAGCAGAGGAAGCGUGUACCCUAUAUGAUCAUUUCUAGUGGUCUUUCUCUAUUUCCAUGGCUUAUCAUUGGGCUAUCAGAAUAUUUGAGGAGCUCAAGCAAUAUUUUUACGCUAAUGUUGAUUGUACAGAACUUGGGAUCUGCCAUGGCAGAUGUUGUUAUAGAUGCAAUGAUUGCAGAGGCAGUUCGAUCAGCAGGGCCAGAAUUUGCUGGUGAUCUCCAGUCAUUAUCUUGGUCAUCAAUGGCCGUAGGGGGGAUAUUUGGGAGCUUAUUGGGAGGAUACGCAUUGUCCAAUCUCCCAAUAAAUGCUAUUUAUAUUAUGUUCUCUGCUCUUCCACUGUUCCAACUAGUUACAUGUGUUUUCCUUAAGGAAUCUCCAAAAGGAUUUGAAAGCACGACAGAUAACGCGGCACAUGAUCAUGUUGAUGGUCAGAAUAUUGAUAGUGCUUUUGCUGGACAAGGCUCAGGUGAAUCUUUUAAAUAUGAGGGCACUAGGAAGCGAAAGGGUGCUCGUAAAAAGAGCGAAAGGAGAUCAUUAUCCAAACGAUCUGAAGCUCAUGAGAAGCACAAUAAAUCAGUUGAUUUAUACUCAUCUCUGAAAUCAGCCUUAGUCAGUUUAUGCACUGCUUUUAAGCAGCCAGCAAUUUUGCGGUUUGCACAUGUUGGCCUUGUGAUAAUUACUGUAUUGGACAUUUUACUGGUGUCAAGAUUACAUAUUCAGUAUGGAAUAGCAGACAAAUACAUGGUGCUGUGGGGCUCUGCUUUGGCCGAUGCAAUCAACCAAUUCAAGAUGAUGCCGUUCCUAAUCCUCUCAGGACAGCUUUGCCCGCCUGGAAUCGAGGGCACACUGUUUGCUCUGUUCAUGUCCAUUAACAACCUCAGUUCGACAUUAGGUUCAUUCCUCGGAGCUGCAUUGACGUCAGCUUUGAACAUCUCAUCGGUACAGUUUGACAAUCUGGCGCUCGGCCUAGCUGUUCGGCUGAUGGGAACUCUCUUACCUAUUGGAUUUUUGUUUCUGAUUCCAAGGGACGUUACGGGACUAACAUCAUAGGAGAUGGGUUACAGACCUGAUCAUCAUUUUUUCUGGACUGGUCUGGUCUGUAUUCCCUAGUCUUACUCAUACAUGCAUAUAGAGAAAGCAAAUUGAAGCCAGCAGGAAGGUAGCUCUCUUUUGUUGAAAUAUGUAUACAUGCAUAUACUUGAAUGAGAGGAAGAGUGCAAUAGCUGACAUUACAAAGCGUUAAGCAAUGGCAAAACUGUGUAGCAAAUGUACUUGCAAGAACAUGUGUUACAUGGAAAGUGUUAUUGUUUAUGAUUUAGCUGUUGAUGUAUA